CUGUAGUAACACAAAACUCGGUAAAGUUAAUGUAUAUAUUUAAGAAAUAAAGUAGUACAGCAAACAUGGAGAAGAGCACACUGAAGAUCAAUAAUGAGGACCGGCAGAAUUUUGUGGCCACACGGAUGAGUCUGCCGCUCUUUAUGGUGUCCCGCAAUCGUAUUAGAAAGGAAAAUUUACCGCGAGUGGAGAAGCAAUUUAAGUUGGCCGAAAACAGACGAGAGGCCUUCAGCAAAGCCACCUUUGAUCACUACCGCCACAUUACGGGUUUCGACAAGACGCCAAAGAAUCCGUAUCCGGAACGUCGAAGGCUACACAUCGAUCGGAGUAUGACCAAAUGGAGGGGCUGGCAACUGCCCCCAAAUCAUUACGGAGUGCCCCCGGAACCGUAUCUCCGACUGAAGGGCACCAAGGGCUCCGUAUUCGCCAAGCCGCACACGAAUCAUAGUCGCGUCUCCAUUAAACCACCGCCAUAUCAUUUUUACGAACUUCCGGCGGAAAUCGAGAGGCUCUUCAAGCGCCCGAACUUGCAAAAGGGUAUCUUCCUUUCAAAUGCCCGCGAUCGUCGACCGACCACACACGCCAUGAUUUCCAAUCUGUCUGGCUGCUGGCGUAAUCCCAAGGAUGCCGGUCCCUGCGACACCCAUACAAACAUCUUUGAGUUGGCCGCAAAUGCUGUACCCGUCACAAAGGCGCCACGCCCUAAUCCGCACCUGUUUCUGCGCCACUCCUGUGUGCCCACCAAGCCCAAUCGACUGAUCCGACGCCAUAUCAGCAUGGAACCGGCUCCAGGUCGCUACUGCACCAGUUAUCCGAAUGUGUGUCCCUGUCCGUCUGGUAAGACCAGUGUGCCGGGACUACAGCUGAUGAUUGAUGACCAGAAGCGCCUGAAGUUUCGCCGCCUGCCAUUUGAAAGGAUCAGUCGAAAGCGACUCUGUGAGCCGGAUUGGCGCCAUGUCGAGGGCCAAGGCCAUCGUCAUGUCUUCCUAAUGGGACGCAAAGAUAGACCCAAGCCCACCAAGAAACCCACUUCUUCCAAAAAGCAGGGCAAGCCGAUAAGCAUGUAUGCCGAUUCCAAGUACAUUAACAUGCUGAGCCAGCCGCAGCGACAUCCCAUUUCCAUUCGGGCGUAUCCGGUUCCUCCGUACGUGCCCAAGAUCACCUACAACUGUGCAGCCAAGCGGGUGAUCCGCAAGCAAUUGAAGAACAACAAGAAGAUCGCCUUCAAUAGUGGCCAGGAGCGAUGGAAGGAUGGCGAACGACCGAUGCAGCUGACCGCACGCCAACUGGAGGCCAUCAAGCAGAAGCUACCGCCGGAGAGGCGACUGAUGGACUAUCCCAUUGAGCUGCCGGAGGUGAUUCCCAGUCGACUGACCCAGGUGCCCGAUCACCAGAGGGUCACCUACAUGCCCAAGUUGCGCAAGCGUCUGUUCAAGUUCCUGCCGAUUCCCGGUGCUCGGGUCCUGGUCACCGACAGCGAUAUACGUCCGGACAUUGUUUUCGAUCCGGAGCACCCGACCGGACUGUACCGGCGCAAGAUCGAUGAGACCGCGUUCUACAAGGACUCCGUGUUGCGGGCGAUGGAGAAUAAGGAGGGUUCAGAUGCUACCGGUUUGAACGAAUCACAGUCGCAAUCGCAGUCCCAAUUGGAUUCGCCCCAUCAGUCCAUGAUCCGAAACAAUGGUAGCGCUGCGGAUCCGUUGGAACCCAAGAGCGCUUCCCAGAUAUCAUUCCAUGAAUAAAAUGGCCAGCGGCUCUGCUCCACGUUCGUUCCCGUUUCGAAUCCAUUUCGUUUUUGAUUUAUGAUCCACGCUCCAGUGAAUUCACGUGGCCACAUGAAGCUAAGGCAAGAACUAAGUGUGAUGGCCGAAGAAAAUAAGCUAAAAAGUCCUAAAUAAAGAUGGGAAAAUUAUUCACUUGG